UUUGUUUUUUAUAGUAAAAAAAAUGUCUGACAUUGAUGACCUACUGAACUACGACGAAAAUGAAUUGGGAGGAUUGGGCGAUGAUGUUGAAGAUUUGGACGCCAAUGAGGAUGAAUUGCUGCUGUCCGAUGAGGAGACAACCCCCACAAAAUCGAGCACAACGUAUGAAGCUAAAAGUCCCCCAUCGUCUACAGCGAGUUCGCAGCCCCAGAAUCAGCAGUUAGAGUGGAGGGAGCAGGUUGAUAGUAGCACACACACCACCACGGAGCCUGAAACAGAAGUCACUACAACUGAUGAUCAGUUCGAUGCUCUGUCGGGGGAGUGCCAAUCACAAAAAAAUGGGGAAGUGUCAUCCACGAUUAAGGACACAAUUGAAGGCGUGCCGGCCGGAAGUUCUGAAGUUAUUUCACAGGAGGAGGGUGAAUUAGUACAGUCGCAGGAGACAGCAGAUGCUCCCAGUGAGUAUCCAUCGUCAGAAGCAGGAACGGCAACAGGAACAGAUGAUGCCGUUGAAUUAGAUUAUUCCUACACCGAUGGAGCAGAUGUGGAUGAUUCUGACGAUCCAGGCGAGAGGAGGAACCCAAAAACAGCGGCUGAAAGGGAAAGUUUAUUACCCGAAGGGGAUGAGCAGCAUUAUAGGCACGAUAGGCACAUGAGGGGCUUUCCACGACGCCUCAGGGGCUCUCCAGGUGGACGUGGAAUGUCAAUGCGCUUUCCUCGUGGUCCCGGAGGGUUUCCCCAGUAUCGUCAGUCACUGCCAAAUGAGAAUUUCAACCCUCAAACACCGCAAAUGCUUCCGGACUUUCAAUUUCGCGGUGUUGCUCCCGAUCAUCCCACAUCCAGCAGUGCUGGCGUCCAGAGGUACGACGAAAUGUCUCCGGAAUUUCGCCAGCCCGUCAUUUCGUCCGCUUACCGACCCGGAACGUCAUCGCAUGACUUCCGAGGGCCACAAUCUUUUGGCAUUAUGAGCCCAUUUGAACAUAAACCCGGUGGGCCACAGAUGUUUGGCAUGGAAAGCCAAUUCAGGGGUCAAGGACCACGAGGAAUGGACUUUGGCCCUCGCGGCAGUCGUCAUCAGUUCAGACCAUUCAACCCUAAUGGCGUGAGGCCGUCUUUUAGGCCAAAUAUGCCGCGUAUGCCACCCCGCAUGGAGGGAAUGCGGCCACAAUUUGCCGGCAAUCAAGCCUCAUCGACAUUUCCCGGCCCACCAAGGCCUCCACAGGCGUAUCCUGGCCCCCAGAAUCCCAUGCCGAUGGGUCCAGGGGGGCAGCCACAGCAGUCAGCCUCGAAGAUGCCCCGGAAAGUUCUUAUAAAUCCAAACUUUAAGGGAGGCGUCGAGGCGGCGACAACACAAUUAAUGAUGGACACGAUGCAGCAUCCGCAGUUUAUAAACUCAAUCAGUAGCCAUGUAUCGCAUCUGCAUAGUGAUGAAGAAUUAUUGCGGCAGCAGGAGGAGUUUAUAAUUAAGAAUCAAAUGCACAUCGAAAAGCGCCGGCUUGAGAGGACGCCAGAACGUGAGAGAGAACGCGAUCGUGACUACUCACCCCCAAGGCGUCGAGCAUCGAGCAGGGAACGUGUCCGUAGUGGAUGGAGGAGUCGUCGUGGAGAUUCCCCUGACGGUGGGCGGGAUUGGCGCAGAAGGAGACGAAGUAUGAGCCCCGAGAGGAGUAAGGGUGAUGAAAAGAAGAACGAAAAGCCGCAUGAGGAUGAGGAUGAGGAAACCCGAGCGUAUAGAAUAGAGAUUGAGAAGCAAAAGGCAAUGCGAGAGAAGAUCUUGCGAGACAAGGAGGCACGGCGAAGAAAAGCAGCUGAAGAAAAGGCUAAAGGAGAGGAAAAGCAGCAACAGCAACAACAGCAGCAGCAGCAGCAGGUGGUUGAGAAGAAAAAGGAAGAAGGUGCUCCGCCACCUAAAUUAACCCCUCUAGUCGUGACGGAGAGUAAAAUAAUUUCCCUAAAGCGAAAACCCGAGCAAUCACAGACGAAUGCUGCUCCUGCAAAACAGCCGGCUGUGCUCAAUAAUGCCUCAAAAGGGGCACCGGAACCACUUCCGGACUAUGUGGAUGAUGAUGUGGGUACACCGUCGCCCCCACCGCCGCGUACCCACACACCUCCGCAGCCACCAACAUCGAGCUCAGUGGCCCCAGUUCAGCGGCGGUUGGUGCUAAAACCAGCUGUAGAGGCCCCAAAGGGGGGCUUUGCCUUCGCAGCGGACUCCACGGAGGCAACGAGCGCCAAGCCAAAAGGGAUUUUUGACAGAUUAGAGAAGAAAAUAGGCGUCAAUGAGGCGGCCAAGAGGAAAAUUCAAAGAAUUGUGAUUAACAAUGUGGACGUGAAAAGAGGAAAAAAGUUUUAAUUUUUGGACAAAGUGAGAACGCAAAAGGAGAAUCAAAUUGAAUGGGAAAAUUUUUCGAGGAAAAUAUCUUUCUUUAUUUUUCCUAUAAAUGUUUAUUAUUACAAUUUUCUUUAGUAUUUAAGAAAAACAUAAGUUUGUUAUAAAAAAAAUGGAUCGCAAUUUAUAUUUUUUGACUAAUUGACUGAAUAAGAAUCCUCGUGAAAGAUUCCUCAUGCAAGAGAAGAAAAGUUCUAAAUGUUAGGGAUAGUUUGUAAAAAAAAAAUCUUUUACACUUUUUUUUUAAUUUUCUUAACACAAGAAAAGAAAUAUUGAUUUUCUUAAUAGAAGAAACAAAAACAUUAUUUGCUAUACUUCCCCUAUUUUGCAAGUUAAUUUAACCGAUAGAAUAAACAAAAUGUUUAAAAAAUUGCAUUAGAAAAAGAAAAUAAAACCCGAAUUAAGGGCACAUUUACAAUAAAAAAAACCUCCAUAAAUAUUAAUUUAGAUUUGAAAGAAAAAAUAUUCAAUGUCAAAGAGAAUGAUUUCAGUAAUAAAAAUAUUAUCUUUAUAAAAAAGUAAUUUAAAAUGAAGAAAAAAUAAUGUAAUAACUCUCAUUAACUAUAUAUUUGUAAACAGUUUUCUUUUUUUUUCUUUCAAUUUCGUAUGCGUUUUUUUUUUUAGAUGAUUAAUGACUUAUAGUGAAUAAUAUUAAAUGAAAAAAAAAUUCUUUAGAUUUUAAGGUUGUAAUAUUGUUAAGAAGAUAAAGAGAAAUGAAAGAAAAAAUAUUGGGAAAAUUGCGAGAAAGAUUUAGAUAGAAUAUGAUGACACGAUUUUAUUCUUUUUAUACAAAAAUUUUAUUAUUUGACUUUACCCCAUUUUAUUUCUUGUAAAAAAAAUAAUUAUUUAGUGCAUGUAGAAAGAAAAUUUUGUAUAUUUUGUAGCGAGGAGUGGAUUGAUAAGAUAUUUUAAACAUUUUUAAAUUAAUUUAAAAAAAAUUAACUGAUGGCAUAAUGAUACAAUUGAACUGAUUUAUGCAUUUUAGUGAGACUUCUUAACUACAAAUUCUAAAAUUGUACAGAAAACAAAAGUUUUUGAUCAUUUUUAACACAUUUUAACACAGAUUUUCUGAGAAAAUGUAGAUCAUUUUCCUUGAAUUUUUUUUUAAGAGAAAUCUUUGAUCUUUCUCCUUUUUUGGGAAAAAUAGAAUUGUAAAUUUUUGUUUGAUGACAAAAAAUGAUAUUUAUUACUUAUUAUUAACUUACUAAUGCAUUUUAAGCCAUAAAUUUAUUUGAGGUUUAAGUCUGAGAACUGCAAAUGACUUUAUAAAAUUUAAUUAUUCUCUAAAAUUUGAGAAGAUUAGGAAAUUGAUUUUAUUUAACUAAACUAACAAUUAUUUGAUUUUUUCUCAUUCACUUAGAUUUUAAUAUUAAAGUAUUAUCCUCAAAAAAAAAAAAAACUUUAAAUUAAUCUUAAAAAUUAAUUAAACGUUUCAUAAAAAAGUUUCAGUCAAAAGUUCUAUAUUUUAUCAAUAAUUUUUAAACAGACAGAACAUGAAGAUUUUAUUUUAGUAAAUUGAAUCAUAAACCAAGAAUCAAAUGCCAUUCACCAAUAAAUAAAAACUUAUCAAUCCCUCUUCGUGUAUGUACUGAUUAAAUUCCUUCGUUUUUUACAAAAUAAAUAUACAAUCAUUGAUAUACGAAAAGAAACUGUGAGUGGUGGAAGUAUUUUAAUCGAGAAUAAAUUGAAUGAAGAGUGUGGCACAAAAAAUCAAUGAAUUAGAUUAUUCUAGCACAGCAUUUUUGCAAAAUUGUGCGAGUUAAUAAUAUAUAAAUAUAUUUUUGAUUUGUAAAAAUAAAAUAAUUCGUCAAAAGCACGUCUUUCCAACCACAUAUUUGGUAAUGAAGAUUGUUUAAUAUUCUCUAUAAUGAAGAAGUUUAGAAAAAGAAACUUUUUUAUUAUUCUUAUUAAUUUAUAUUCAUUCAACCAAAAAGAGAGCCUUUUUUAUUUCUUUCCUCGUGUUUUCUAGGUCAGAAAGAGAAAUAACAAGAAGAGAACAAAAAAAAAACAAGUAAUACAUAAUAAAUUAAAACAAACACUAUAUAGAAGAGAUAAUAAAUGGCAAAAAUAGGAAUUAAAUACAGCAAAAA